UCGGAUAUUGACGAGAGCGAUACGAGCACUGAUGAUGCGGACAGCAGCGAAGAACUCGAGAGCAACGAGGAUGAGAAGCCGAAAGUUGAAUUCAGCUUAUCGUUGUUUCGAGCUGGUAAAACUGACGAAGAAAACGACGUAGACCUCAAGCCGGAAGUUGAGCAAGUGCCAGAAGGGUUUCGAGAAGCUGGUGACUCCGAGUCCUGCAGUGAUUCCCCAGUUGGAAAGAAACCCAAGCGGCUAGUAGAAGAGCUGUAA